AGAGAGGAAGUACAGACGAACAUAACAGAAUCAGAGACACUCACAGUUCAUAUCGUCCCCUGGUUAGUGAGUGUGACGCGUUUGCUCGUUUCUCUCGCGAGAUUUGGCAACAUUCUCCCAGAUAAAUCCGCAAAACGCAGCAGCUGUCAGGGACGGAGCCGGGACAACUGACUGAACGACGUUCGAGUCCGCUUCAACAAAGUCCACGGAGAAUGAGAAGAGUGACGCUGUUCAUUAACGGGACGUCCAGGAAUGGAAAGGUGGUCGCGGUCUACGGGACCCUGUCGGACCUGCUCUCGGUCGCGAGCAACAAGUUGGGAAUAAAAGCCUCGUGUUUCUACAACGCCAGAGGCGGACUCAUCGACGACAUCGCCCUCAUCAGAGACGACGACGUCCUGUAUGUGUCGGAAGGUGAUCCGUUCGUCGAUCCUCAGACUGAAACCAAGGUCAGAUCGGAUUCUCACGGCGCCCACACCGAUUGGCUGACGCUCAACAUCGGUGGACGCCUCUUCACCACCACCAGGAGCACGUUGGUCAGCAAGGAGCCCGACAGCAUGCUAGCGCACAUGUUCCAAGACAAAGACGUGUGGGGGAACACGCAGGACGAGCACGGGGCCUACCUGAUCGAUCGCAGCCCGGACUACUUCGAGCCGAUCCUGAACUACCUGCGACACGGUCAGAUCAUCAUCAACGAAGGAAUCAACGUACAAGGCGUCCUGGAGGAGGCGCGCUUCUUUGGCAUCGAGCAGCUAGCGGAUCAGCUGGAAACUGCGUUUAAGAACUCCCAGCCGCCCGAGGACCACUCGCCCAUUUCCCGCAAAGAGUUGGUCCGAUUUCUCCUGGUGACCCCGACCAAGUCCGAACUCCGCUGUCAGGGCCUGAACUUCAGCGGCGCCGAUCUGUCUCGACUCGACCUGCGAUACAUCAACUUUAAAAUGGCUAAUCUGAGCCGCUGCAAUCUGACCCAUGCUAAUCUGUGCUGUUCUAAUCUGGAGCGCGCUGAUCUGUCAGGAGCUAACCUGGACGGCGCUAACCUCCAGGGCGUCAAGAUGCUAUGCUCCAACGCCGAGGGAGCGUCUCUGAGAGGAUGCAACUUCGAGGAUCCGUCCGGACUGAAGGCCAAUCUAGAAGGUGCUAACCUGAAGGGAGUGGACCUGGAAGGAAGUCAGAUGACGGGGAUCAACCUGCGGGUGGCCACCCUGAAGAACGCCACGCUGAAGAACUGCAACCUGCGGGGGGCCACGCUGGCCGGGACGGACCUGGAGAACUGCGAUCUCUCCGGCUGCGACCUGCAGGAGGCUAACCUUCGAGGCUCCAACGUUAAAGGAGCCAUCUUUGAGGAGAUGCUAACUCCGCUGCACAUGUCCCAGAGUGUCAGAUAACUGUGGACGGGGACCGAGACCGAGGCCACGCCCCCCUCCCUCGCCGACCAAUCACCAAUCACCCGGCGCCCCUCCCCCCCCGGAAGGUUCCGUUGACGUAGAAAUACCUUGCACUAUAAUUUAUCCAGGGUUGUUGUUGUUGUUGUUGUUGUCGUGUAACGUGUGAUGUCAUCGCAUCGUAGUAUUUUUUUUUUUUUUUUAUAUCGCGAAUGUUAACGUUAAAGUUUGCGUCCGAUCUCAUGGAGGUGAACCAUCGACUGAAGCCACCGGAGCUGUUAGCUAGCACAUGCUAACGGCUCUGCUAACCGCCAGAGCGCGGGUGGUCGGAAAAAAUUUGCGAAUGUACGAUCGGUUUCUCUGUUUAGUGUUUGUUUUUGUUUUUUUUUUUUUCGCGACGCGCGACAUUUUCUUGAUAAGCAACGUAAGCCAAAGCAAUACGACAGCACGGUGGGAAGGACUGAGACCAGGUGACAUGAGACCAG